GGCCCCCGCAGACUGCAGACUUUUUAUCGGCCGAUAGUUUAGUCGGGUUGGGCUGAAAGUGCGCACACCGAGCCAACUAAACAGUUUGGUUGGUGAACAGGGCGCAGACUAUCCAACAGUCGGCCGACUAUUCUCGAACUAGUUUGUAACGGACUGUUGAAGCGGUCACACAAUAUGAAAAUGUUGUCCAGAAAAAUUAUUGCUCUCAUCAUACUCCGGAGGAGGAUAAUCAAGAAGAGAUUGCGAGAGCAUUGGGUGCAUCCCAUUCUCAGUGACAGAUUAGUUAGUGGAAAAUUUUACACUAUGCAUUCCAAAUUACUUGAUUACCCGAAAAAAUUUUUCGCCUAUUAUCGAAUGAGCAUUACCAGCUUCAAUGAACUUGUCAAGCUAAUUGGACCAGCAAUAGCGAAGGAGGAUACAAAUUUAAGACUUUCUAUACCUGUGGAGGAGAGAUUGAGCGUUACGAUAAGAUAUCUGGCUACAGGAGCUAGUUUCAAUACAUUAUCUUUUGAUUAUCUGAUGGGAGCUUCUACAAUACGAGAUAUUACUAAAACUACAUGUGAGCAAAUAUGGAAUAUACUUCAACCAUUGUAUAUGUCAACCAAAGAAGAAGGCGACUGGAUUAAAAUCGCAGACGAAUUCUAUAGUCGCACAAACUUUCCAAACAUCAUUGGAGCAAUUGAUGGCAAACAUAUACGGAUGAUACAGCCAGAACAUUCCGGUUCAUCAUAUUUUAACUACAAAAAGUUUUUUUCGUGCGUGUUAAUGGCUUGGACAGACGCAGAUUAUAAAUUUGUAUAUAUAGACGUUGGUUCUUAUGGAACAGCUAGUGAUUCGGAAAUAUUUAAAUCAUCAGAAAUGGGUAAACGGCUGUCCCAAAACCGAUUAAAUAUUCCCUCCGGAAGGCAAUUGCCUAAUGAUAAUGUCGGAGAUGUUAUUCCAUUCUCUGUCGUAGGGGAUGAAGCGUUUGGACUUGGCAAUCAUAUACUACGUCCUUAUGCAAAAAGAAAUUUAAACUACACCAAACGAAUUUUCAACUAUAGACAUACAAGAGCUCGACGAAUGGUUGAGUGUACUUUUGGGAUUCUUGGUAACAAAUGGCGUAUAUUUCACCGACCAAUGGAUGUCAAUAUCAAUUUUUGUGUCAAAAUAAUUAAAGCUUGCUGUGUCCUGCAUAAUUAUGUAAGAAUCAAAGAUGGAAUAAAUUUCACAGAAACUCUCUACAAUUGUCCCAUGAAUAACUUAACUAUAAAUGAAGACAACCGAGGAAGAAAUAAUAUGAAUAACGUGCGACAGUACAUGUCGUCAUACUUUAUUUCUCCCGGAGGCGCGAUUCCGUGUCAAUAUAACAAAGUGUAAUAAUUGUAAAUAGAUAAAUAAAUAAAUAAAUAAAAAUUCACAUAAGUACUCUAAUAUUUUUAUUUUUACAUUCCUACCUUUGUUUGUUUUCUCCUCAGCGCUAAGCGAAUUCCAA